AUGGUUCCCAGGCCCUUCCCCUGCCCACCGACCCCGCCUACCCAGGCCGCCCAAUGGAAUGAAGAGAGCGGCGUGAGCGGCGCUCGGCGGCGUCCAAUCACCUCCCGGCAGCCGCUGUUGCGAGGGCCCCAGCCUCGGGUGGAGCCGCCAUGUUUUUUCCCCACGUCACAGCGCGGGGCGGGCGCGAGGAGGUGCGAAGAGAAGGGGCCGCCGGAGCGUUGGCUGCCGAGACAGCUGCGGGCGGGCGCAGCUCCCAGGGGACCCGGCGGCGCGACGGUAAGGGCCGCUCUGUCCUGAGGCGGCGGCGCGACUCGGAGGAGGCAGGGUCGCUUCGGCGGGCUGGGGACUGCGGAGGGGAGAGAAGUCUAUCCUUCUUCCCCCCUUUCUGUAAACAACAACAACAACCACACUAUUGUCUUUGUGGUUAUUGUGGAGUUAGUUUCUCUCUCGUGCCCUGUGGCGAGUAAAAAAAAUUAUCUCUCUGAGGCGACGGUGGGGUGGUGGUGGGGAGCCCAGUUGCUUCCCUGCCUUCAUUUCUGCACCCUUUUAAAUAGGUGGGGGGGGGGAGAGUUAUUUUGUGUUUCGGUAUCGUGUUUUUAUUCUGUGAACCACCCCGAGAACUACGGAUGAAGGGCAGUAUACGAAUUUAGAUAUUAUUCUUAAUAAUAAAAUUUCACAGCUGGGUGAGUAGCCUAGCAUCGCCUCGCCUGCUGCCUGCCAACCUAUUUCAAAUGCAGCCCAGAAACACCAUGGAAGCCCAAAGGGAUGUUUAGUGGUGGUAGGAGAUAUAUAUAUAUCUAAUAUGUGUAUGUGUGUAAUGUAUGUAUAUAUAUGUGUGUGUGUGUGUGUGUGUGUGUGUAUAUAAUAUAUUCAUAUAUGUAUAUAUGCGUGUGUGUCUAUGUAUAGAUAUGUUUUUUGGGCGUGUGUGUAUAUAUAUAUAUAUAUAUUUCCCAUCCGCUAAUACGUGGCUAAUGAUGAUUGAUCCCAAUGCCCCCAAGCGCUGCUUGUCUCAGUUAUGGUCUUGGAGUUUUCUCCCAUCAGGCAAGUAUGGUGUGUGGCAGUUGCGGCCUUUAAACUCAGGGUUGUUGGUGUUGUUUUGGCUUCAGGGCAAUCUCUCGCCAAGACAGGCAACUAGGUCAGAUGGGUAGCCGAGUUUCCGGUAUGCACCCUGUAAGAAUGCAAUUUCCUGUGCUCAGGGAUUUACUCCCAAGAUGGUUCCCCCUCAGGAAUCUUUGUAGUGUUCCAGUUAAAACAUUAUCUGUACCUGCAUUGUUGUAUCUGUAGUUCAGCUAUUGCAGGACUUCUCCCCACCCCUUUUAUCUCAGCUGUGUCAUUUGUUUAACAGGUUGGGCUUCAGUCUGUGGGUCAUAUAACCUGUAAUUGGGUUGUGUAUGAACUAAGUAGUACAGUCUGUGCUCAACCGGGUUGAGGGGAGGGCAAAGGAGAGAUCAAUACCAUUGUCGAAACAGAAGAUAUGAAGAGAAAAACAAUAGCAAGAACGUCAACAGAGGUAGAUGUACAUAAACCCCAAUGAAAUCUGGUGUUAGAAAGUGUUUAAAUAGUGGGCUGGUGGCUGGAGUAAAAGGCAUUUCUGAUCUUGGAAACUGUUGGCAUAACACAGUAUUUUACAAAAUGUUCAUUAUUUGCAUUAGCAAGACACAGCUCUUGUUGAAAUCCCUGUUUUUCAGUUGUCAAUAAUCUGAAUUUCUUAAAAGUGUAGUUGGAUUUGUUUAUUUUUAAAUAAGAUGAGGUACUGGGUGGACAUGAUUACAGGAGUAAGAAAUGUUAGUGGGUGGUGUUUAGUAAACUACUGUAUAUGGUCUAGUUUGUUUAUGACGUUAGGAAAAUUAGAGUCAGGUGACUGGAAGCACUAAAUCAUGCAAACAGCUGUUGAGAGAUUAUCUAGAAUGAAUCUGGGCGGUGUCUGUAAAAAAAGAAAAUAAAUUGAGUGAGUGGCAAUACCUACAUAUUGGGCUGUUUAAAACCAAACAGCUUGGUGUAAAACCAGCUUUUUCUCUUGAUAGCCUCACUUGAGACAGAAUAAGUGUGUUACUUUAUUAUUUUACACUACAUCCAGCUUUUCAAAAGUUAUAUACAAGUAAAUCGGCCCAGUCAGAGUUCACUGUUGUAAUAUUAAAAGAGAAGCUGUGAGCAGGUACAAAGUAUUAUUGCCUAAGCCCUGGGGAAUCAUGGUGCUUGGCUGGCUGGUGGGGGGGACGGGACAGGGAGGGCUUCAGGAGCAGUAAGAAAAACAUUCAAGUAAACCAGAGCCCCAGCACCUCUUUUUCUGGAGGUGGUUGCAUUCACUUCAAAGCAUCCAAGCAGUUUAGAUUUUAAUUGCUUUCAUUUUCUUUCCAUAGUCCUGCGGCAUGGAUCCACAGGUAAAUCUCAGUGUGACCUUCCAAGGUGACACACAGAGCUUCCUUGUGUCAGAUUCAUCUAAUACCACAUGGGCUGAUGUGGAAGCCAUGGUGAGUUGGAUCUUUGAUGGUUGAAUACACUGAACAACACAGGGGGAAAAGUAGAUGAAUUUUCAAAAUUAAUAUGUAUAAUGAAAGUUAACUCUGAUUAUCAGACUUCCACAUUUUUGCUUGCCAUGAUUAGGGCUGGAUGAUUAUAUUGAUAUAGCAUCCAAAACCGGUUUGAUGUCCAUAUCAUUAUAUUGGGUUCAUAUUUUUGACCUGGCAAUAUAUUGCAAAUCAUGAUGUGUAUGUGUGUCUGCUGUGCAAAAUUAAGUGGGGAAAACUGUGAAACUAGCCAAUGCUUCUACAUGGCUCCAUCCUUAUUUUAGACAUUGUGAUAUAUUGGUAUAUCACGAUGUUUAGCUGGUGAUAUAUAGUCAUAUUGAAAACCAGAUAUCACCCACCCCUAGCCAUGAUAAGCUUGCCACUGCCUUCUGGCAAGCAUGAUAAACCCCAGCCCUUCUUCCCAAUUAGGAUCUGCAGAGGUGAGUGAGAAUUGUCUGGCUCUUGAUUCCCACCCCUUACCAACUCUUGAGAUAGGAAAGAAUACUAAAGGCUGUUUGGCUGCUGCCCUGCUAACAUGGCUGAAGUGCCUCAGCCACACAGUGGCCAACCCAGCAACCCCUCAUCAAAACUUUCCCAUUUCAAACCUAAUGUAGCAGAUUGUCCCUGACCUUGUGUGGAGACACAGUGCCAGAUCAGUGACAAGGAAGGGGCAACCACCACUUUCAGCUUGCUUACCAAGGUUUGCCAAAGAUGGUGAGUCCCUGGUGAUGAUAGCCAUAAAUAUAAAUUGAGUUCCCAUUUAACUUUCUGAAUGUCAUUUGUGUUCUGUCGGCUCCAUGGGAGCAAACAAAUGAGGCCUGGCACACAGGAACUUGGUAGGAACUUCAUCAGGAGCUAGAUGGGGAUUGAGCUACAAUCCAACAAGAUGGACUUUUAUUUGAAGGGAGAACCUACUAGGAAGCAGAGCUGAUUACUCAGAUCUGCUUGAAAUACAGUGGUAUCUUGGUUUAAGAACACCUUAGUUUAUGAACAACUUGGGUUAAGAACGCUGCAAACCCGGAAGUAGGUGUUUUGGUUUGUGAACUUUGCCUUGGAAGCAGAACAUGUUCCACUUCCUGUUGACUGUGUUCCAUUUGUAAAUUGAGUCCCCCGCUGCUAUGGGAAACCACGCCUUGGUUUAAGAAAGCUUUGGUUUAAGAACGGACUUCCAGAACGGAUUAAGUUCAUAAACCAAAGUACCACUGCAGAUCAGGACCUAGUAUUGAAAGUGGCAGGAAGUGAACAGAUCUCUGCAGUUCUACUGCUGAAAGAGAAGCCUGGCAGAAUGCAAAUCCAGUGUUGCUGUCUGUCACAAAGUAAAAGAAAUGCCCACUUAGUCUGCCUCUUGGCCGAGGGAUAGUUUGGCUGGAUUUUAUCGUGAGCUUGCUUUGCCCUUUGUACACAGGUGUUUACCUUGCUUGUACACUACUGGCUUGCAGUGAGUGGAGCAUUACAUGACUGGUGCAAGGUACAGUUUCUCUGGAGAGUCUGGCAAAUAUUUUUGGAAUAUUACUUAGUCCUCAGAUUCUCUGGAAUUUCAUACUGGCACUCUUGAGAAUCUGUUAUUAUUUCUAUUGCCUUGCUUGUACCCCUAAUGGCUGCAAGGAAAGGCUUAAAAACAUGUGAGCAGCAUCUGAUGAAAUCCUGGGCACUGGGGGCAGGGAGGAUGGGCUGCUAAGCAAACUGUCCAGUGGUCAACUCGACCUCUUUCUCCCAUCGCCUGCAGAAGCUCUGUCCGGGCAGCCAAGCUGGCUGGCGCUGCCUCUGCCAUGCAGCCCUGCACCACAGUGGGCGGCUGCAGCGACACGCCUCCUUCACACACCUUUGCUUGCUUACUUACCCCGAGAUCGUUAAUAUUAUUAUUAGUAUUAUUUUUAGUGUUUGUAUUGUUUUGUGCCCCCAGAAGCUGAGUGCGCACGUGGAGGUAGAAGGUGGAAGGACAAAAAUCCUCUUCCCUCUCUUUCUCUCUGCUUUCCCGCCAACAUUUCUCCUCUUGUUCUCCCUCCAAGUCAGGCCAUUGGGGAAAUAGUUGUAAUAAUAAUAAUAAUAAUAAUAAUCUUCCUCCUGCCGCCGCCGCCCUGGUGCCCCUGUGGGCCAGAGAGCAGAGCAGACAAGUUCGCUCUGCCCACCCACUUCACGAAAAGCGGUGGUGGCUCUUUGUCUAGGCAGGGAGGAAGCCUGUUUCGCGCCACUGCUGCCAGCCCUUCGGCAAAUGAGGCAGGCAGCAAACCGAGAAGGGGUGGGGGUGGGGAGGAGGACUACCUGCCCCCCUCGCCUCUUCUUCCAGUCCCCCCCUCCCGGUGCUGCUUCUCUGGAGCCGCCAUUGGCCGUUCUCUGCGUAUUGAACUUGCUGCCCUUUCUCCGUGGGGCAAUUGUGGGUCUGUGUGUGUGUUUUGGGGGGCAGCGGAAGGAUGAGCAGCUUGGUGGUGUGUGAGCUUGUUUGUUGAGGAGCCUUCCCCACCCCGCUUUAAUGCACACUAUUUUUUAUUUAUUUUUUAUUUCGCCUGCCCUUCCCCCGCCCCAUUCUUCCCAGUGUGCAUAGGAAUUCGUUCACCCCCCCCCCAAAAAUAUAGUCUGCCCCCCCCAAGGUCUGAGGGACAGUGGGCCGGCCCUCUGCUGAAAACGUUUGCUGACCCCAGGCAUAGCAGCCUAGUUCACUGCACUUCCAUUCUCUUGCAGGUGAAAGUCUCAUUUGAACUGAAUGAUAUCCAGAUCAAGUACCUAGAUGAGGAUCAAGAUGAGGUACAUUAUUUCCACAGUUCCUGUGUAGGGUCUGUUUUAAAUGUGAAAGUUUGGGGAGGAAGGUUUACGGAGUCUGACACCGUCAAUUCUCUAUAAAGAAACUUGCAUCUCUUACAAAAUAGUUUCCUUUCUCAAUCAGUGAACGCUUGUUCUGUAUUGGGUAAUAUUUAGUCUUUGGGUUCUCUCGAUCUUGAAGCCUGUUUUAACAGAAUGGGAAUUCAUAGGAGUCUGAGAAUAUCCUGAAAUAAAAUCUGCCUACAACAGGAAUGGGGAACAUGUAGCUCUCCAGAUGCAGUUGAACCACAACGCUCCUUCAGCCCUAGAACAUAAUGUCCAGUGGUUGGGGAUGAUGAGAGUUGUAGUCUUAAAACAUCUGCUGUGAUAUUCCUGUUGCAUAAGGUGUACUGGCUCUUUUCCACUGUAUGACGUUUUCUGUCUACAUUGAAUCAGUUGCACGUCACAAACGGAACACCACCCUCUAAUGCCAAUAGGCCUGGUCUUGCUUAUCCCAGGAGAAGGGAGAUGAGUUUUUCAUUUUUACCGGAAGUCAGUCUUUCUGUGUUCAGUACAUUCUGGUACCUGCCUCUCCGCAUUUCUCCGUUGCUGAGAACUGACAUGCUAAGAUUCCAAAAUGAGGAAAUCUUGCUGGGCUGAGGAGAGGCUCAGUUGUAAGUUAUUAGGCUAAUUGGUAUCAUUGUCAUUGUGUAGAGAACUUCAGAAGUGAAGUCUGUAACAGUCCUGCCCUAGAAGAGUGUCGUGGAUUAUGAAAAGCUUUUAUGUGUUGUGUUAGUGGGAGAUUUGCAGCGUAUAAAACUUGAAUAAAGUCUGUCCGGUGUGUAUCUGUUGCCCUGGGUCCAAUCUCCUGAAUCAUAGCCUGGGUGGAGUUGCUGGGCUGGACAGUGCCUUAAAGUACGAACCUACUUUGUGGGGGGGUGGUAAGGAGAAGGGAAGCAAGCUAAUGAUAUGAAGGAGAGUGGCUAGAAACAAUGGGAGUGGUGGCAGAAGCCAGGCAACUGCUCUGAAAUCCUGGAUGAGAAAUCCCCUUUUAAUUUUAGGGGGGUGAAUGUGACCAGCAACAGGGAAUAAGCCUUCAUUUGUGCUUGUUUUCUUUUCACAGGUGUCUGUCAAUACCGCAGGUGAGUUUCUGUUGCUUACUUGUAACAUCUGAUGAGGAUUAUCAGCUGCAUUUCUCUGAAUAAAGCCUGCAUUUUUAUAUCCUGUAGGGGGAAAUUUGGGUACAAAUAGUAUUGCACUUUUUAUGCCCAGGAGAACAUGCCUCACUUUCACCACAUGAAGAAGUCUGCAUUUAGUGAAGUUAUAGGGUUUUCCUCGCAGUUCUCCUGUACAGAUAGGAAGUAGACUUUCUCACUGCAGUGUUCCUGGUUCCCUUUAUGUAAUUAUACUUGAGACUAGCAGCCAAAGAUUUAACUGGCUCGCUCAAAUUAAAAUGUCAUACAGUUCCUGCUCUACCACUUUGGGCUCUCCACACAGCCUUUUUUUUUCACUGCCUGUCUUUCCUACACCCUUCCUUGCUGACUUUGCAUCUCUGACUCCACUCCACUCAUACAAAACAGUUGAUUCAUUUCUGUUCAGUGACAUCACAGCAGCACAGCCAAUAGCAAAUGAGAGCAGGACUUGCAGGCAAUAGGCAAGUGUCAGGGUUUUUUUUUGUUUAGUCUCUUAGCAUCCUAUAAAAAAUUUUAUGCCCUUGUGAGUCAGUUAGGCUCAAGUAUUUACACUGUUUAAGGUCUGAGAGUGCCAAAUGCUUGGCUUUUAAUAAACAUUAGAAUUGAAUUAGAGCUGGAGACCGGAAACGGCCAGACCCAAGUAUGUAUUAGGAAUCGUGGGAGGUGUGACAUACUCGCUUAUAAGCACCAGUAGUUAGCAUAGGUAAAUGCUAAUUAAAUUAGGCAGAUUUAUGAAGUUGUGUAUUAGGACAGUAAUCCUAGCCAAUCAACGUGUUAAUUGAAACGUCUAAUUCUACUGGCUGCAGUUCAAAGCAUCGAAUGGUAUGUUGUUGUUGCUGCUGCUAUGGAAUAACCUGGCAUGUUUUGCUGCUGCUGCUGCUGCGAACUUCCUCCAUUGUAGACUCCAGCUUGUAUGUAUGCGUAAACAAACCAUGUAUCAUAAAGACACCACAGACUGCACUGUGUCUUAUUCCCAAAAGGAAACAUGGACCCUGGUUAAGCUCCUGGAACCCCUGAAGUCUCAUGCGAUGUUUGGCAUGUGUCGGUGGCAUGUAAUAAUAUAUAUUUGGGCCUCACUGACUCAGAGGCUAUAAAACCCGAAUACUUCCCAAACUGGAGGAAAGCUGAAAUGUGUUGUACUCACACAAUCCAGGACACUGCAAUGGUUAUUUUCUUUUCAAGUUGGAAACUUAUUUACAUAUAAGAUUUGAAACUCAGGACAUGGGUUGUGGUUUCAUUGAUGGCAGUCAGCAUUAAAUAAGUCCCUAAGUUCAUGCAUUGCAGAAUGAAUGUAGGAAUUUCCCUUUCACAUCCUUGAAUGGGCCUUGAAUUGGGGGGAAACGGGGUUUAACCCAGCGGCCGGAAGGAAACCUAGUGAGUAGCAUACAAUACAUUCACGUAGCAUAGGAUUAAUGUAGAUGUUGAUUUAUAAAAUGUGCAAAGGUGACUUUUAUUGCAAGUCUGAAUACAACAGAACUCACUGUGGCUUUCUCUCUCUUUACAGAGGAAUACGAAGAAGCUCUUAAGGUAACGGAUAUGAUCAGCAUUUAUGGCUAUUUUUGAAACAGUACAGCUACAAAAUCCCGGGCAUUCUUUGGUGUGGGAAGAAUCUGUGGAAAUCUCUUCCUUCCACAUUUCUCAGGGUUGUCAGGUUUUACUGGUGGUUCUAUUAACACCCUGUGCCUUAAGCUCAUUGGGAGUGAUGUUGUUAUCUCUCGGUUGUAGGAGCGUUGCUCCCACAUAAAUUUCAUAUCUGAAGCAGAAUGGAGGCAGGGGCAAAGUUUGAAGGCCUCCUUCACUGGUACUUCUGCUUGUGAGACACUCUUGCUGCUGUCAAAAAGAAUUUACAUAUUUUUCUAGCCAAAGCUUAGUGUAAUGCUAAUAGGCCUACCUUGCAUGAAAUCUGCGGGGGGGGGGAGAGAGACCCAGCGUGGCAUCCAGUGCACUCAUUUUUUUGGCACAAGGAUUUCUGUUUGCACCAACAAAUUUAGCAAAGGAGGAGGUGGAGGGGGCAUUCUGUUGUACAGCCAAAAGUCAUUGCACUGAAGGUUGCAUAUAACCUCCCCCCUCCCCCAAGUUUGUAGCUCAAGUAUUUGCUCUGUGUCUGUCAUGUUAAGCCUCGCAGGACUGUUCCUGUAAUAUUAAGCAUGCUUGAGAAGAUGGUGCUUGAGUCACAAUGUUACUUGUACUUCAGUGUAGGUAAAAGCGGCUACACUUAACACACACUGGUGCAUUCCAGGGUGCUGUAAAGUUCUUGCGAAUCCACACUACAGUUUCGUGGUCACUUGUCUGUGCACUGAUCUCCUCUUAGCUGGACUGCUGUAACUCCACUCCCAGUUGGCUCUCCAGUUGGCUCAGGACACAUCUGCUAAGCUCCUCUUUUUCUGAUAUAACUCUGAUCACAUCACCUUUCCCGACAUUCUUAUGUGGGUUGCCUGUCAUGCUUCAAGGUUCAAGGCCUCUCUCUUACCUAUAGCACUUGGAUUUGCAGAGUACAUUGAAGCAAUCUUUUUGUGGGUGGGUGUUUUACCCUCCAGGCCAGCCUGUGUGAGAGAUCCUUUUUACUGUUUCCAUUUUACAGGCUGGCAGAAUUAAAGCUGAGAAAAGUGAAUUGGCCAAGGCAAUGUGCAUCAAAGCAGAAUUGUUGGUUUGUCAAUUUGCCCCAUAAAGAGACUUGCGGUCUUGUGGGCGCGCUGUCUGAAUUUUGCCUUUCUCUUCUAGAAGUUAACCUUAGUUUGAUCCUGGCCCCUGCUUUUGAUGGAUAUUUUUCAUUUCCUGACACUGUUCCUAGGGUUCAUUUCUACAUGUUUACCUUGCCAGCUACCUUUGGAAACAAACCAAGGCAGCAUUCCUCAGCCUCAGAUUCAGAACUUCUUGUUUGCUCUGUUUGUGUGCGUGUUCAUUUUAUUCUAACUCCAAACAGCUGUGUUUCCCCUGAACAAUAAGAUUGACUGAUUCAAGGUUCGCAUGUGAUUUUCAUUUUUGGCUUUGCCUCUUUAAGAAAGCCCUGCACAGGAUUCAUGGGGGAGUGUGAGUGCAUGUAAAAGUAUAUUUAUUGCAAGCUCUUUCCUUAGAUUGCAGUGAAACAAGGCAAUCGGCUACAGAUGAAUGUUUAUCAAAUAAGCGCUCCUCUGGGCAUGCCUACACAGCAAGCCCCCGAGAAGGCUGAGAAAACCCAGAGUCCCAAGGAUGGGAGGAAGCCCCUUGCCCACUAUUCCAUGCUCGCUCGGACCUUGGCUCAGGACAGAGAUACUGGAAGAGAGAAUGAGAAGAGACAGGUAGGAACAAAAGAUGUGUGUCCCUUGGGCCCCUGGAGCCAUCCUGUUUACCUGAUGCACUAGAAGCAUAUCAACAUGUUAUGCGCUUCCAACAGAUAGUUAUAACACAGCUCCACAUUACACCCUCGCCAGCAGUGGCAAGCAGAUAUUCUGCUUCCUGUAAACUCAAAGCUCUGCUGUUGAGAAGGAGUGGGAGAUGCUUGCUUGCCUCUGGCUUUUCCACGGCUAAGGCAACUGAACACACGAGACAGAUGCUCAGGAACUGCUCUCCACAAGUAGAAAGGUGCUGCUUACAUUCUGCUUUGCCAGAAGAACGAAACUCCUGUUCCUAGCGGGAAGUUGGUGUUCAUCUUUCUUUUGGAGGAAAAACACUGUGUCCUGCUUCAAAGAAUGCGUGUCGCUGUUUGCUCAGUCUCAAGUUAAUUAUGAACUGUGUACAAGGAAGUUGUGUGUUAAGUUGUGUGGCUGCAUUUCUCCCCCUUUUUGUCUCCCCAGAGUGAGCAGCAUCCCAGUGAGGCCCCUCCUGAGUGGUUCACCAGCUAUUUGGAAAGGGUGAGUUCCUCUCUGCUCUUAGAUUUCUAUUUGUCUUUUCAGACCUUGGGGAAGGGGUCAUUGGAGGGUUUCUCAAGCCAGACCAUGAGAACCACAGAUUUCCACACGCAAACACACACUUGUGCUUCCUUAACAUAAUGGAGCUUGGCCCGCAAGUUGAAAUUUGACACCACGCUACAGCAAAUUGCAGUCUGGAUAAAUAUCCAAUGCUUGGCUCAUAUUGUUAAGAGGGCACUUAGUUGAUCUUAAGUGUUGUAAUGGGUGGAGGAGUGCACUUGGUAAUCAAAAGCAUAUAAAUACAGUCAUACCUUGGGUUGAAGUAGCUUCAGGAUGAGUAUUUUCGGGUUGCGCUCCGCGGCAACCUGGAAGUAAUGGAGCGUGUUACUUCCAGGUUUCGCCGCUCGCGCAUACACAGAUGCUCAAAAUGAUGUCAUGCGCAGAAGCAGCGAAUUGCGGGCAUGGGUUGCAUUCGCUUCAGGAUGCGAACGGGGCUCCGGAAUGGAUCCCGUUCGCAUCCAGAGGUACCACUGUAUGGUGAUUGUCCUGGGUUCCAUAACUGUGUGUGUUUGUGGCCAACACUAUUUUGUUGUCAUCAACCUACGUAUGGCUUCCCAAUCCUAGCGUAUCUCUGCAUGCACCAGUUCUGGGACAGGGGAGCGGAGCGGAAGUACCUUUUAGAGAAAAUCUAGGAGACUUUGCUUAUGGCGCACCUUUUCCCCUUUCCAGUUCCGGGAGCAAGUAGUUCAAGAGACCGUUGAAAUGCUUGAACAGAAGCUAAGCGAGAAGCUCCUCCUUUCUGGCCAGCUCCCCAGCUCCUUGAGCAGCGCCACGCCCCACGCCCCUGCGAGCCCCUCUGUGCAAGGAAACCCCUUUGACUGGCUUCUCUCCUGCAGUAACUGUCAGGCCUCUAUCGUGGGCAUUCGGUACCAGUGCAGGUAGGACAUGGGCAGAAGGGUGAAAAUGCAAAUCGUACAGCUGUGUUGGUUCUUUGUGUUCAGAAUGUCCCAAUUUGGCAUCCAGAGAUUCCAAGGGGAAAGCAAGGGGGGGGGUGUAGUUAUGUAAAAAGUCAGAGUUCUAGUCCUUAUGACCAAAAGUAUCCAAGAUAAAUAUUGGAAGCAUGUUCUAUGGAUUGGGAGAGGAAUACAAUGACCUUUAAAUCCCCCUUUUCAUUGGCACUUCUGCCCUUUUUAAAAAUUUGUUGUCUUCACCUGUUUGGCUUUCUUGGUUUUUUUAUACUUUUAAAAAAAUCUGCAUUAAGAAAGGCAAAUCAAGCUAUAUCAGCAAGUUGAGGAAUUUUCUUACUGAUGUCUGUCUCUUCCUGAUGCUUCUUCAUUUUGGCAACCAUGAAAGGUAGACGACAACAGAGCUUAGCUGCAGGGCUACUAAAAGUCAAGAGCUUUGCUUUUUACCUCCACCACCAUCGUCUGGUAGUAAAACUGGUUAUCCUUCAGGGGUCAGUUUCUCUUCAACUUUCUGGGUCCUUUACCCACUCAGUUUCCCAGCCGCCAGCCUCCCAUCCAAACUUAUAUUUCAGUUCCCUUUCAAAAGCUGCAGUGUUUUCAGAAUCCUGUUGCUGGCACCUUCACACUAAGCUGUUAGAAUGUUUGUGAACAUGUCAUGGCAAUGCAAAAGCUCAGCCAAUUGAGGGCGGGAAGGAUGGUGGAAUAGCUCACAAGCAAGGUAACGUUUUAUGAGAAGUGAAAUCUUUUAGCCUGCAUGCUAACAGAAAUAAAAUUGCUUUUGUUUUAUUUCAGGCUUUUCUCACAUUUGUAAUCACAUCUUAACACAAAUUGAUCUAACCAGUUUAGUUAGUAAAAGAUGAAAAAGCUGUUGGGUAUCUCAUAGCCUUUCCUCUCUUGACAGUGUGUGCCCAUCCUAUAGCAUCUGUGAAUCAUGUGAAACGGGGACAUAUGCCCACGACCCUAACCAUGUACUUUUGAAGCUGAGGAAGCCAGUAUUGUGUAUCUCAGAGACGUAUAAUCUUGGGCAGUUCACUCCUCGCUUUGCCACUCUGGAACAAGCCAGGUAAGUAGCCCAUGCUCUGCAAACUGUGAGUCACCUUGGAUUUGCCUACAUAUUUGGGGUGUGUGCUGGUAGUGGAUAAGCACACAAUUAAGAAAACCAGUAGAGGGAUACCCAGAGGCCUGCAGAAAAAGAUUUGGUUCUAAGUUCAAUCAGCAUGUAAAUUUCAGUUUCCACCUGGCAUCCUGUAUUCUAUGGCUUUCUGUCUUCCAGCUUCUUUUGCCUACCUGUGUACAAUAUGCAAGGAAUGCAAUGUGUUGGUCAGUACAAUAUGCAAGGAAUGCAAUGUCAGUGACAAAGACAAUCCCUGUCUUCAGACUUGCAGUCCAAACUGCCCAGCACAAAAGGAAUAGGGAGGCAGGAGGAUGCAGAACAAUCAGCUGGAAUUGAAAUAUUUUUAACUGAGAGGGGGAACUAAACAUUGCUUUGUCUUCCCGUAUUUCCUGAUGAAAUGGCUUCUAAUGGAAGACAGUUGAGGGUAGGAGCCUGAUGGAGCUGAUAUUACAACAGAGAGUUUGGAGAGGCCUGGCAUUUCUUUCUCUUCCUCUGUCCAGUAGGCACCCAGGAGCCUACUGUGUAGAGCAGGCAUGGUAAACCUGUAGCCCUCCAGAGAUUAUUGGACUCCCAACUCUCAUUGUCCCUAACCACUGGCUUUGCUGGCUGGGGCUGAUGGGAGUUGAAGUCCUACAAACAUCUCAAGGGCCACAGGUUCUUUACCUUUUGCGUAGAAUCUUCAUGUCCCCAUUUGCAAUGAGAUGCCCCACUGGCACCCGAGGGACCUUUGGAUGGUGACGCUCGGCCCAGCUGACGGAAAUGGCCUCGACAGCCACCGCCUGCCCCCCCCCCAACAGCCUGGGUCUGGCUUUAGGUGUGCAGAUCCUCCUGUAAGCAAACCAGUCUCUGCUUUCGACCUGCGCAGGCUUCAGAAACAGAUGGACAAGCGCUUUCUGAAGGCGGAGAAGCAGCGCUUGCGAGCAGAGAAGAAGCAACGCAAAGCUGAGGUGCGGGAACUCAAGAAGCAGCUGAAGCUGCACCGGAAGAUCCAUCUGUGGAACUCUGUCCAUGCUCUGGAAAAUGCUGGCUUGACAGCUGCCAAAUCAGAGAGCCUGCAGCCCAAUACACUUCUGUAAGCAAUCUGAGGACUGGGCCACAUGGGGGAGGCAAUUUUAUCUGCAGGUUUGGAGCACUUCUAGGGGAUGCUGCGCCCUAGCCAAGCUAUGGGCUAUUGUGAAUCUCUGCAAUGUUUCCAGCACUCGUAACUUAUUUGACUCCCUGAACCCUGGGGUUAUAUGCAAAGCAGCGCCAGCAGAGUUCUGCUAGCACAGUGGUGUUUCUGUUUCCUCUCCUUCCCCCAACCCCCCACCCCCGUCUUGUGGAGCUGAUCUUCAAGGCACUCAUGGGGCUACAGCAGAGAGGAGGGGAAAGUUACUGUAUUUUUCGCUCCAUAGGUUUUUAGAGGGGGAAAGCAAGAAAAAAAAAUAUUCUGCGCAGAGCAUGUAAGCGGCUCUCGCUUUUCUUGCUUUAAAGCAAGCAAAGUGAGAGCAGCUUACAUGGCUUCUGUCCUGCUUUGCGCAGCUCUCAUUUUGCUUGCCCAUCCCUCCUCCCGUUUCACUGUAAAGCGCGGCGAGCAAGAGGAGGAGGAGACACUGGGACAGGUGCUUUGCUUGCUUUACAGCGAGGUGGGAGGAGGGAUGGGCAAGCAAAGUGAGAGCUGUGCAAAGCGGGACAGAAGCCAUGUAAGCGGCUCUCGCUUUGCUUGCUCCCAUCUGUCCCUCCUCCCACUUUGCUGUGAAGCCAGCAGAGCAAGAGGCGCUGCGCAACUCUUGCUGAAGCCAGCAGAGCAAGAACAAUAACUGUGCAGCAGCUCUUGCUCUGCUGGCUUCACAGCGACGGAUGGGAGCCAUGGCUCCAGCUGCGUAGGCAUCCCUCAGCUCGCAACUGCAGCAGUAGCCGAGGUAUCCCUCUGCCAACCAGUGCAUUCGCUCCAUAAGACGCACAGACAUUUCCCCUUACUUUUUAGGAGGAAAAGGGUGUGUCUUAUGGAGCGAAAAAUACGGUACAUUCCACUAGCACAAGUUGCUUGCACUUGCGGAGCAGAUGCAUUGGAUAGCGCCCCCGGGAUUUAUAAGUUGGGCUGCUGAGGAUCCUUUGUUCAAGAUCCCCAGUCCCUUCUUAGACCUACCUCUCAAGAACAGUCUGCUUGGGAGAGUCGGUGGUAGAUUGCAGCUUAGAACUUCUGUUAAAUGCAGAUCUUUUAAACUUUACUGUAGAUCUGCCUCCCAUAAGCGGAGGGAGUGAACUUUCCUUUUCUCAGCUUGAGAUAAGCAACUGUACUGACUUUCCCCUCUCUUUGCAGUCCCCUCCAGGGCUGCCCAGUCAUUGUCCCAACGCUGAGCGCUGCCUUUGUGGAUGAGAACCUUCCUGACGGAACUCGCCUGCACCCAAGGACGACCUUCAUCAAACAUUGGCGCAUGAGGAACACUGGCAACAUGGAGUGGAGCUCUGACACUAAGGUGCGUUCCAGUGCUUAAGGUAUGUGCUGGAGCUGAGAUCUCCCUGCAAGCGUUGCUCUAUUCCCCACAGUUUCUUCAGCCCAAAUUUGUAGGUGCUGUUUUUGGUUACUCAGCAGCAACAGAAAGACACCCUGCAGAAGCACAACAUACAGUGGACCCUCCGGAUAUGAACUUAAUUCAUUCCGGGGGUCUGUACGUACCCCAAAAAGUCGGCAACAUGAGGCGCCGCUUCUGCGCAUGCACGCGGCGCACAGAGUGCUUCUGCACAAGGUGUGCAGAGUGCUUUUGCGCAUGCGCGCGCAGCGAAACCGGAAAGUAUACGCUUCUGGGUUUGCUGCCUUCGCAACCCGAAAGUUACGUAACCCAAAGGUAGCGUAACCCAAGGGUCCACUGUACUGCUUUCUUAUUAUUUCACAGGCUUCAGUACAGAGCCCUGUUGCCAUCCUUUGCCUAUCACUGCCUGUAAAUUAUUUGGGUGAGGACUUGGUUUAGAUACUCAGCCAGCCAACAACCGACAUGGGGCAUUGGCCAGACUCCUAAAGGUGCAAAGCCCAAAGUGCCUUUGUGUUCAGGGCUGGGGAACCUUUGUCCAUCCUCUCCCCCCGAUGUUGCUGGACUACAACUCCUAUCAUCCCUGACCAUUGGCCAUGAUGGCUGGGGCUGGAGGGAAUUAUAGCCUAACAGCUACAGUUUUCCCAUCCCUGUCGUAGUUGUUCAUUUUUGCUGCUGAGCAAAUCCAAAGCCACAGGAUUGAUUUAAGAAACACAGUGAAAGCAUUGACAAGCAGUUUUUUUGUUUUUUUGUGUGUGUGUGGAAGGCGCAGUAGGAGACCAUGUGUCUGUCAAAUAAAAUUGCUCUAACUGUUCUCCACAGCGCACACAUUGCUUCUGAACCCGUUCCAAACUUAACCUGCCCUAGGUUGGGACACCAUUAUUUUAAAAGCUAUCUGCCCACCCUCAUUUAUCAAGUUGACCUAAAACAAUAUGGGAACAGCCUUAGUCCCUCUGCCACCUUUGUUUGCCAGCCUUUCGGAUUUUUUGUCUCCAAAGCUGUCUAGUUAAUUCCUUAGAACAGACUCUGGGGGAUAGCUAGGUUUAAAAAAAAAGCUUUUUUGUUGCCGAAAGAUACUUGCGGUGAAUGAGGCUCCCUUCACAUGCUUGGCUGGGACCAGGAAGAAGUUAAUGGCCUUUCGUUUUUUUCUCUGUCUCCAUCCUUCAGCUGAAAUUCAUGUGGGGGAACUUAACUCUGGUGUCCUCGGACAAGAAGGAUGUCCUUGUGCCCUCCCUGCUGCCUGGGCAAGAGGGGGUUGUCUCUGUGGAGUUUGUAGCUCCUCCAAUGGAAGGAACCUACACGUCUCAUUGGCGGUUAUCGCACAGAGGGGAGCAGUUUGGGCCUCGGAUCUGGUGUAGCAUUGUGGUAGACCCCUCCUGCAACACAGACUGCCCAGAGAAUAGCAAACUGGUGCCCAGUUUUUGCCAGAAGGGCAGUUCCCAUUGUAAGAAAGAGGUGAGGCCCUUAUUUUAUAUCCCUGAGCCUGUGUAAGUUGUUGUUUCCCCCCCAGCUCUGCUUUCUGCUUACCACCUUCCCUUAGAUCUUUCUCCUCAGGCCUCUGCUUCUCUGCUUUCUGCAUAUACCGUAUUUUUUGCACCAUAACACUCACUUUUUUCCUCGUAAAAAGUAAGGGGAAAUGUCUGUGCGUGUUAUGGAGGGAAUGCCUACGGGUGGCAUGCCUACGGAUUUUCCUCCUCUAAAAACUACGUGCGUGUUACGGUCGGGUGCGUGUUAUAGAGCGAAAAAUACGGUAUAUUUUCCCACUCCUUCCUUCAGCAACAAGGUGUAUUCAAGUUCCUCGGCUAAAUUAGCUCAUUUUCCUCUUAAGACUUUUUGAAUUGUUGCCAACAAAUCACUGCUGAAAGGGUCAUUUGUAUUUGCACUAAUAAUAGUAUGUGGUGCACUAUAAUGUAGGUACCACUGUGUAUAUCAUAAACUUUCAUGUAACCACCUUCCUUCAGCCACCAUGCCUCCAGGCACCCCUAUUUCCCUCCCUCUCUAAUUUCAAAUUAAACUUUUACAAACUUUAAAAUAUCCAGUGACUUCCCUUCUUCUCCUUCCAUGCUUCAUAUAUUUAAAGAAGAGUGGAAAAAUAUUUAUUGAAUACAGUGAUACCUCGGGUUACAGACGCUUUGGAUUACAGACACUUCGGGUUACAGACUCUGCUAACCAGGAAGUGGUUGCUCCAGGUUAAGAACUUUGCCCCAUGAUAAGAACAGAAAUCAGCAGGAGGCCACAUUAGCGAAAGCACGCCUCAGGUUAAGAACCAUUUCAGGUUAAGAACGGACCUCUGGAACGAAUUAAGUUCUUAACCCAAGGUACCAUUGUAUAUGGAAAAUAAGAUUAGAAAGUCUGAGUCAAGUCAGUGAUGUCAUAGCGGUUUAGCCAAUGGCAAGUUGGGCCUCCCAAGCAGCAGAGAUAAGGCUUGUGACAUCCAUUUAGUAACUGUGUUCAUACGUAUACAUGUCUGUGUUGCUUUUUCUUGGUCUCCCUUCUUCAUCGAAUUAAAAACACUCUCUUUGAGCAAAGAGUAGAGAACAGUGGUGUGCACUGGCCCCACAAGGUUUUGUUCCUGUUGCCUCCAGGUGGGGCUGGGAAUGACUUCUAUUGCAAACCCUGAAGCCUGCCUGUGUGGGCAGCACUGCGGUAGUUAGACAGCUUUCCGUGUUCCUAAGUGGAACAUGAAUGUAAUUGAACAGAUGUGAAAGAUGCAUCUCUUUCUGUGGGAAAAGAACAAACACUCUGUAUCUUGCUUUCCAUGUGGCAUUUAUUCCACCAGCAGGAUUUUACAAGAUCCUGCAAACAUUCUGUGCGGUCACCUAUAGAGAAUUGAGAGGAAGAUUGUUAGUCCCUGUGAUUCGUUUGGUCUCUUGGCACAGCCCAUAAUUAAGCAUUUUGUAUUUUUUUUCACUGCACCCCUUUUGCCAGGAAGCUUAAGCAACAAAAUGGAACUCUAGUGCCCAAGUAACUGUCCUGUAUGUUGAUGGCACAAUAAAAAGAUGGAGUUUUUGUUUGCCCUAAGUUAGGAUGAGGCUGCUCGCCUUAAGAGUCACCUCCAUGGUCCUUUCACUGUUUCUCUUUCUCCUUGUAGGAAAGACCCUCAAAGUUCAAGGGGCAAACUCUGCAAACUGCUGAUGGUGCCACAACGGGAGGUGUGGCUGGCCGAGCUGCUCCACCAAAGCUGAAGAGCAUCCUCAGCGCUAGAGAGUUCUACAUCCCGUCAGUUGACCUGCUUACAGCUCAGGUAAAAUGUCAGGUGUGAGCCAAGCUUGGAGGCAGGGAGAAUUCACAGAAAAUCUAUAAUUCCGCAUUUGUUCUGCCCUUCAACACCAAAGAUUCUGCAGAGAGGCAACCCUGUUUUCUCUUAAACUUAAUAAAACUUGGUGUCUAGCUGACCAGGCGUGGCAGAGAGGGACGGAGAUGGACUGUCGCUCUCUUUUUAUCCCCUAAGUUGAAUGCUUUUGUUUCCUCCCUCCCUCCUAGGAUCUGCUCUCCUUUGAACUGCUGGACAUUAACAUAGUGCAGGAACUGGAGCAGGUUCCACACAACACUCCUGGAGGUAAGCAUCACCCCAACCCCAGGAGGCCUGUCGGUGGUAGUUGUGAUGGGCACAUCCUUGCCCCAUCUCCCCUAGAGAUGCAGGUCUAGCACUCCAUCCAGGGCCAGUAGGAGGAGCUGCCAUCGUUGGGCACCUGUCGGGACCCGUUCUUCAGUAGGAACCCCUCUGUCAGUCCCCAGAGACUCCUGCUCCUUGCGGUUCUUGCUUGUUACCUGCCCCUUUCCAUGGUAGAGAAGAGACAAAGGAGGCUUGUCUACUCAGAGCUUUUCACCAAUAGGUCCCAAGCUUCCACCAACCUGGAACUGGCACUAGCUCCUCUGAAGACCAGGGCAGAUUCUUUUGGCAAUUCCCUCUUGUAUUGCCACAGCUGCGUCUGAGGUCGUCUGUGCUGCUUUGAAGCUGUGCUGAGGACUGUACCCCGAUUUUGGCUUGCCUGUGGGCCAUCAUUUGCUUGCCUUGGACUCCCUGAUUGCUUUGCCUGAGCAGAUACCAUUUAGGCUUUUUAUAGUUCUGUCCGAGACUGCCGGCCAGUCGAAUCAUGGGCGCCCAAAGGCGAUGAAUUUGUAACCCCUUCUGGCUUAAAUCUGAGCUGUGUUGCCGUACUGAGCAUGUGGGGUACAUUUCUUUUGCCACUAAGUAAUUAAAGGAAAUCCCUAGCACUUUCUGCCUAUUUGGAACAGCUCCAGGCAGGUUUGAGUUCCUGCACCUGUACAACACUUGAGGCAGUCCACAAAAAUAGUUUUGGGAAUCUCAAGAGCAGGUUCCUGUUCCUUCAGGUGGCAUCUUGCUCUUCCAGACAUGACUUGGUGCUUGUCACUGCUGCCCCAUGACAGUUCCUUGCUGGAGAAGGCUGGCUGGGACCAGAUACAGGAGGAGAGCAGGGGGAGCACAUGUAAAUUUGAAGCCUGAAAUGGCGUGUUACAUUUCUUCUGGUUACAGGAAGGGACAAUAAGCUACGCUUCAUCCACUGCCAGACUAGAAGGUCUUACUUAGCCUGUCUUGUGUCUCUGAGAUUUCACCAGGCUCAAGCAAUUUGAAGCCUAUUUCAGCACUUCCAUAAGUCCUAAGAGCAUAUGUAUUUUUCAAAAAUGAAAGCUGAGAUUCUUAGAAUGCUGAAAUCCGCACCCAGUAAUAAAUUGUGCCCUUGCUUAGUUGCCUUCAUUUGUUAUUUUGAAAUAAUGGACCUUCCCAAUUAUCUGGUGAUCUGAACUGCAUUGGGCUCCCAUUGUUUCAAGUCUCUGUGUAAUAAUUUGGGUUGGUUACUGAGGAUGAAGAUCAAGCCCCCAGCUUCUAGGGCUGCUUGAGUUCUAAAACUUGCGGCGAGUGCUAAUGAGAACAUUGCAUCCUACAGAUGCCCAGGCAGGGAAAGGGAAGGCUGAGAAUCUGGCUAACUCCGAGGAAGGAGAGGAAGACAUGAGUGGGACCCAGUUUGUUUGUGAAACAGUAAUUCGUUCUCUCACCUUGGAUGCUGCGCCUGACCACAGGCCCCCACAGAGGAAGGAAUCGUUGCAGAGUGAGUGUUUAAUUUGUCAUCCUGCUGAGCGCAUUACAUGUACAGAAAAAGCUUAAGCCGAUCUCGCAUUUUGAUCGGCUCCUGUGUUUUUGUUGAUUUAGGUUCUCUACAAGCACUACAGGACAAUGCCCACUGCAGCCCAAACAAGGACCCUGUUAGGAUAGAAAAUGUUCCUUCUCCAACACUACAGGAACCAGAGUCCAAGAAUCAAGGCAUAGAGGUGGCCCAAGAACCUGAAUUUGGUAAGGAGAAGUGGCUAGAGAUUGCUUCUUUGAAAGAGAGACCAGGACUGAGAGUAUCAGUCUCUCUGCCCCAUGGGUGGAAAAAGCUUUUAAUAGAUCCCCAUGCUCAAGAAGGAUAAAUUCAAAUUUGAAUAAGUUCAAAGAAGAGCAUGAUAGUGGGGGUGGUGAAACCUUUCUUAGGAGCCAAGAUUAAGAGCUCUUCCAUUAAACCUGGAUCAGGUUUAAGGUGCUGGUUUUGACCUUUAAAGCCCUAUACAGCCUAGGACCCUUGUACCUACGGGACCGCCUCUCCUGGUAUGUCCCACAGAGGUCUUACGGUCUUCAAACAAAAACAUCUUGGAGGUCUCGGGCCACAGGGAAGUUAGGCUAGCCUCAACCAGAGCCAGGGCUUUUUCAGCUGUGGCUCUGAUCUGGUGGAAUGCUCUGUCACAAGAGACUAGGGCCCUGCGGGACUUGACAUCUUUCCGCAGGGCCUGCAAGACAGAGCUGUUCCACCAGGCCUUUGGUCAGAGCACAGCCUGACCCCCUCCUCUGGCAAGCUGCACAGAAUUUUGCUUAAUGGUUGCCACCAAUUUGAUUUUAAAUAAUUUUUAUAAUGAAAUGUUUUUAGAACGUUGGAUUAUUUUGAUUGUUGUUAGCAGCCCUGAGCCCAGCUUCGGCUGGGGAGGGCGGGAUAUAAAUAAAAUUUAUUAUUAUUAUUAUUAUUAUUAUUAUUAUUAUUAUUUUAUGUCUCCCAGCUUCUGUUUGCAGCUCUGCAUUGCUUAGGCUGAUCUAUGGAAGUGAGCUAUAGCCGACAGGACUGUACUUUUUAUUGUUUUUCAGCCGCACGAAAAGGCUUUUGUGGAGAAAAUCUUAUUUUUAUGGUGCCCAAUAGGACAAAACAAAUUACAUUGAGGAAAAGAUUCCUGCAUUGCAGGGGGUUGGAUCAAUAGAAAGGGGCUGCAGUAGUCUUUGUAAUCAAAUUGUUCCGCUGCUUCUCCUAGAGGAACUCCUGCUGCAAGACGGGGCGGAAUUGAGUGAUGGAGAGACUGAGGAUGAUGCCAAGGAUGAAGUCUGUAGCGAAGCAUCCUCUACCUCCUCUGAGGAUUACAUCAUCAUCCUCCCAGAGUGUUUUGACACCAGCCGCCCUCUAGGCGAGUCUAUGUACAGUUCUGCACUCUCUCAGCCCAGCUUGGAAAAAGUGGCCGAGGCCUCGGCAAGUCCUGCGGGAGAGAACCAACCCUCAGCUCACAGUAUCAACGACAUGCUAACCACCUCGCAGACACUGGACGAGGUGCCUCUGACCCCUCAGAUCCUGGAACCACAGCCUGCAAGGUACCAAGUGGACCCGGAGCCAAAGUGUGCUAAGACUUCUUUGUCUCUGUAGUCAUAAGCAACCUUCAGAAGGGGAUAAAAAAGGGGUCGGCUGCUGAGUUUGGGCCUAGUGUGCCAGCCAACCAAAGCGCAAAAAUCCAAAUGCAGGCGAAACUAAAUAGGGUGUGUUACUAGGGAAAUGGCUUGAAUGUGUAGCGUAGACAUAUGCUCAGGCUUGGUGGGUGUGCUUUUUCUACAGUUUCUGGCUACUACACCUUCCCACAUGCCUGCUUUUCUUCCAUUUUUUAACAAUAGAUCUCUGGCCCCUCCCCAAAACAGCAGCUCCCAAGAAACAAGUGUUCCCAGUGGAGAGGACACCUCUUGGUGGGUUCCAGACCAAACCAGAGAAGGUACUGUGCUAUGAUUUACAGGCUGAUAAUUGGUUAGCAACUGCUCCUGACUCAAAUCAUUAGUUUUACAGCCCACCCUCUUCCAGAGCCUCAAGGUGGGUGGUGGCAAAUCAAUGAAAGGUGCUGCUUUCAUUAAAUAGAUUCAAUGAAGGGUAAUGCUGUUCCCCAUUAAAUUUCUCUGAUAGUCGCUAUUUGGUUCUUUCCUGCCAGUUCCUGGUCUCAAGCUCCCAAAUAUUUCUCUUCUAGUGGUCCAAGGAGCAGAUGUUCCUGAACCUCCGCCUGCAGGGAAUGUAAAUAGCACACCAACAUGUCCAGAAUUCUCCAGGUAACAGAAGCUGGGUCAGGCUGGGAUUUUGUUGCGAUCUGGUUGGCAAGUGGUAUCUGUCCUAUUUUUCGCUGAAAAAUAAGUGUCUGUUUCUGUAUGCUUUGAGAUGCCCUCCCACUCCUACCCAAAAUACCUACUGACAGCUGUGUAAACUUAAUUUAUGCUAGGCAAGAUGUGCUCAUUGAGUUGCAAACUGCACUGUGCAAGUACGUAGGCUGGCAGUGACAUUUUUAUGAGAGAUGUCUGUUGUUCAUAAGUGGACUUGUACCAGUAGCAAAUAGAUUGGUAUUAUCUGACUAUCUUUUUUGGUUUUACCUGCCUUGUUCCUUUCCUUGCAUCUUAUUGCUGUUUUGUUGUAUUUGUAUUAUUGUGGUUAGUCCCCCCUGAGCACCAUUUUGGUGGAAAGGCAGAAUUGAAAUUUAACAAAUAAAAAUUUGGCCCAUAGUGGGAAUUCAGCAACUUGAACACAAUAGUUUGUUUUUUUAAUAAGGGGCAAGCUUCUAGCUAAUAUGGCUGCUAGGAUGGGCAUGAAAAUGAAUGGGAAAUGCCUUGUGAAAUCUCAGAGAGGACGAUUACUUCUUUUCAUUUAAUUCGCAACCCCUUUUCUCUAGAAUUUUUAAUCUGGCAUGCAAAGGGUUCCUGGGCACUUGUUCCAUCCAGACAUAAAACCUUUAGCAAGGUUUCUGUAUUGUAUUCAUUCUGUGGAAUCUCCACGUAAAAGAGGCUCGAGUAUCAGGGUUGGAUUUCUGCUUCCAUUCAAAGUAGAGUGGAACCUCAUGGUACGGACGGGAUCUGUUCUGGAGGCCCGUCCAUAGCAUGGAACGGAUGCAAGCCGAAGAGCUGUGUCUGUGCAUGUGCACGGCGUGAUUUAGCGCUUCUGUGCGAGCAGCAAAACCCAGAAGUAACCUGUUCUGGUACUUCCGGGUUGCCGCGGGACACAACAUGACACGUAACCCGAAGCAGACGCAACAUGAGGUAUGACUGUAGAUUAUAUCGAUCUAGCUGGACCACCUGCCAACCUAGCAGUUCGAAAGCAUGUCAGAGUACAAGUAGAUAAAUAGGUACUGCUCCAGCGGGAAAGUAAACAGCGUUUCCAUGUGCUGCUCUGGUUCGCCAAAAGCGGCUUAGUCAUGCUGGCCACAUGACCCAGAAGCUGUACGCCGGCUCCCUCGGCCAAUAAAGCAAGAUGAGCGCUGCAAUCCCAGAGUCGUUUGCGACUGGACCUAAUGGUCAGGGGUACCUUUACCUUUACCUUUAGAUGAACCACUAGGCUUAUUUGGUAUAACACACUGUCAAAUGCUGGUAAAGUCACAGGAUCAUGGUUUUCUUAGUACAGAAUAUUUAUUUAUUUAGGCUCAGGCACAGAAGACAGAAAUCCUCCCUUUUAGCAUUCUCUUCCUAAAUGGUUUGGCCCAAGCAGUGCAUCCCAUUUUCCUUACUGUUAAGCCAAACCCUAGCAUGUGCCCUGUUAAGACACCCUGCUCGGUUCUUUUACUUUCGUUAUUUAUGUCCUUUAAUUGCAACUUAACUCUGCAGGCACACCCAUGGGAACAGCCUCGCUGGUGACCUCGUGAAAGGGGCCUUGUCAGUGGCUGCCUCUGCUUACAAGGCGCUGUUCGCUGGACCGCCAACCGUGGAGCAGGUAGGCAGCUCCUUGGGAUGAUAACGCUCCCCCGGGAAUGGGCAAGAAAGGGAUUGGAGCAGAGUUUGCGUAUUUUGUCUCUCCACUGUCGCACUGCAAGUACAAAUUUGGUGUUACAUGGACGUGAAAACAGGCUUCUAGCUUUUGUGGCUGCAAAAUGAACUUGAGAACUUGUGGCACCAGGGAUUGCUAUGUCCAGGGGCUGGAUGCUGGCCACCAGAUAAAUAUUUCACGUUUAAAUAUUGCUUGGGAUGACAAGAAGGCGUACGUCCCCGUAGUCAGAUUAGACUUCCUCUGAUGGAAACCUGGACAGAAAAUAGGGAAGUUUGUUUUUGGGCAGGUAGGCGAAGAGGUCAAUUGCUGGUGUCUCAAAUCAGCACUGGAUGGCUCAAAAGACUCUGGGUUUGAUGCUCUGAUCUCCAGAAUGUUGAAAGCUCAACCUUGUUGUUGUGGAUUCCUUGGAAGCCGUGGGCUAACGGGAAAAGCAAGGAGGAGGGUAGCUUCCUAAAACAAGGAUUGGGAUCUUGAAUGCUCACAUGGGCCUUGCCCAUCUGGGCAAGCCAUUUUGAAAUGGCUUCGGAAGACCUGCAGCAUCACACAGAUGGCCCUUGGCUCCAGCAAGUUGGUGCUGUAUCAUUUCAUUGGGACAGUCACCUGCCUUGUUCUGUCAGACUGCAGCCAUGAGCUGCUUUGUUCUUUGGACUGGUUGCCACUAGCCUCCUGUGUCUCACCAUUCUCCAGAACCAGAGUGGAAAACCUUACUCGCUCCCAUUGCAUUCUGGUUGACUGGUGCUCUCUCUUCCCUUUGACGACAGCUGGGCAGUGGGAGAAGCAAGCACACGCAGUCCUCCGUCCUGUUAAAAAUUAAUCGAUAGAGACUGGGAAAGGAACUUGGCUGUGUGAGCAAAGGUGGAGCUACCUUCCCACCCGCUCUAUGCAGUCAGAGAGGAGGGGAGAUGGGGAGGGCAGCAAGGAUUCCAGAAAUCCCUUAAAUCGCAAAGGUAAAGGACCCCUGACAGUUAAGUCCAGUGGCAGACGGCUCUGGGGUUGCGGCGCUCGUCUCGCUUUACAGGCCGAGGGAGUCGGCAUUUGUCUGCCGACAGUUUUUCCAGGUCAUGUGGCCAGCAUGACUAAGCCACACCUGGCGCAACGGAACACUGAAACCAGAGCAGCCCACAGAAACGCCAUUUACCUUCCCGCCAGAGUGGUACCUAUUUAUCUAAUUGCACUUUUUGGCGUGCUUUUGAACUGCUAGGCUGGCAGGAGCUGGGACCGAGCAACAGGAACUCACCCCAUCACAGGGAUUCGAACUGCCAACCUUCUGAUCAGCAAGCCCAAGCGGCUCAGUGGUUUAGACCACAGCGCCACCCGCGUCCCUCAUAGUGCUGCAGAAAUAGGCAGGAUCAAAAUGGGGGUGGUAGCUUCACCCACCGGAGUGAUGUGAAAGCCUUCUGUUAUUGAAAUGCUGCUGAUUGUGGAGUAAGUGGGAAGAGUAACCUGUAUAUUUUGUCCGUUGUGAAGAUAAAAUAAUGGGAGAAAAUGGGUUUCCUGAAGGAAAGGUGGGAUAUGAAUAUAAUUAAUAAUUGCCAAGAUAACAUCCUCUCCUGUGGAAGGUGGGGAUUUAUUUCAUGCAUACAGAUUGGGAAAAGCAUUGGCAGAGAACCCUAGAUGUAAGCAUGCACAUUUCCUGGUUUUGAUCGUUCUCCUCCUUCCAUCCUUCAAGGCUCUUCCUGUGGCCACCGAGGAGCAAAUGAACCCCUUCCUAGCCAACCUGAGCGAGAUGGGCUUCUGCGACAGGCACCUUAACCUCAGGCUGCUACGGAAACACAACUGUGAUAUGUCCCAAGUUGUCACUGAGUUGCUGCAACUGAGUCACAGCGAUUGGUACGAAAACCAGUAUUGAACCUUUUCCCUCACCGUGCUCAUUAAAACCUGAGCAGUAAAUGGCACCAGCAGCUUCCAGCUCCCUUCUGUUCCAGCACAGCAGAGAUGGCUUGGCUCCUGUUUCCCAUUGCAUCAUGGUUCAUCACCACCACUACCACCAGUAUCCAAUGACUCGGGCGCUAGGAUUUCUUUAAAACACUAAGGGUUGUUCCUUCCCCAAACUGGCAUAAUACCAGAUUUUGUUGUAGUAAAAGGAGGUGAAUGUACACACGAAAUACAAGUGAGAUGUGUUCCUAAGAAUUUUAGGGCUUUUGUUCAUGAGCGGCAAGCAAGCAAGAACCAGAGACUUGAGGGGAUUUCCUGUAUUGUUCCUACCCAUCUGGUGGUGGCAGCGGUGGAGCUAAUCUAAAGACCAGCUAUUCCCGAUUCUGUCCUCUCAUGAAGGCGGUGGUGGAGCUGGUUGUCCUCUAGUUUUGGAAUCAUGCAUUUUGUUGGAGCAAUAAUUCCACCAGCAUUUUCAUGUUGCGUUUUGCAGACACUACUUUAAAAUGCAUUCGUCAUAGUCUAGCUGUUGGUGUUCUUGGCCAAUCCCAUCAAAACCUAAAUGCUGCUGUUUGCUGUUAGUUACUGGGAGUGAAAUAGACUAUGAAAGGAGCAAAGUCGGUAGCAAGACUGGGUGGGUGGUUCGCCAUAAAAAUACCAAAACAAAGAGCAGUUGCUCCUCUUGUGUAAAGAGGUAUUAUUAAUAGCUAUUAUAACUUAAGUAUUUGAUUGACACAUGGUCAAGACAUGCUUGGUGGGGGAAACGACACAAAACUAUUUUUGUAGACCCAUUCCUCUUGUUUAGAUGACUAGACUCUCACAUCCAAGAUUUCUGACCCACCCUGCCCAGCCAAUGGACCAAUUUUUUUUGGGUGGGGGGAAUGCACAUUUUUAAACAAAUGUUGAUUCAAUUUAAACAUGUUAAUAAAGCCCUUAAAUAUGUAUUUGCAUAAUAUUGAGCAUAAAAGAACAUGAGGAAAUGCUGGAUCAGAGAUGGCAUUAAGGGAGAAAGUUUCCCCCAUCCCAUCAGGGAAAAGAGACAGAAGGAAGUUCUGCCCAAACCCCAUUGAAUAAACAGGACGUGUUCCCAUUCCAACUGGAUUAUUUCACUCUCAGGUGCUCCUUUGACUUUUCAAACAAUAUAAAAAGAAUGGCUGCUAUCGUUUAAAAAAAGACACACCUACCCUUGGAGAUGUGGCUGAACCCAUACCUGUUUUUUGUGUGUUGGGGUAAACACAGGUCUGUUUUUUUCCUGUGACUUUGGGCCAAUAUGAUUGGGAGGGAAAAUUCAGAAAUGAUGGAAGCGAUUAAGACCCCUUUUUGCUUUAGAAGAGGGAAAACGAAACGAAACACCUACUUCUGCAGUGCAUUGCCUUUCCCCACCCUCAUUUAACUUGUGCAUGGAAAGCUACAUAUCUCUGAUCAGAGAUCUCCAGAUUAGGACUUAUUUUGCUUUGGGUUGAUGGGUGAGAAUCUUGGUAUUCCUAGGUAGAUCAUAUUGUUUGACUUGAAUUAGUUCUAUUGCUACCAAUCCUAUUGGCAAACCUCUUGUUAACCCUGGUAGAGAGAUAUUUCUUUUUAGGUUUCAUAAAAGCUGAACUUUUCUUUUGUUGGCUUCAUAUAUUUUAUGAGAGGGGUGCAUGGAUGAUAAUUUUAAAAAGUGCAAAUAUUAAGAUCUUUGUAUAUUGCUUAGAAGAAACACUUUGAACAGUCUUUGGGGUGUGACAAAUGUUAAAAUAAAGUAUACAUUAAAUAAGC